CCAGGUGCCCUCCAAGGACUUCACGGCCGUCGCCUACAGCAGCUUCAGCGUGCUCUGGAGAGGAGCGGACGCCCUGGCCGAGCCUGACCAGCCCCAGGAGGAGGGUAGAGCCAUCCUCUCAGUCCGUCUGCGAGCCCUGCGCUUCCUCCUGCUGCUGGAGGAGGACGGGACGGCUUUGCUGCCGCUGCAGCCCCCCUUCUUCACCUCCCAGACGGCACAGCAGGCAGCUGCCGCUGCCGCCUUGUAUGAAGCCCAGUGGACGCAGCCCUCAACUUUCCUCAGCCAACAGCUUGGGGACUGUUUGCUUGCAGCUCUGCGAAAGGAGGCGACGGAGCCGCCCACCCUCCAGCAAUCCCUCUGCUUCUUCGAGCUCACCCAGGAGCAGUGCCGGCAUCUCUGCAAGAGUGGCCAGCACAGGAAAGCUGAGGCGGCGAUAAAGGACGCGAGGGGCUUCCUGGGGGUCACGGCCAGCUCUGCAAAAUCUUUUAGUGACCCCUUGUCUCUCCUGGAGGCCGGGGUUCAGCUGAGCCGGGUGCUGGCCGAGAGCAGUGGCUCGGCAGGGCCACCCUUAUCCCAGGCUGCCGCAGUGGCGGAAGCCUCGGAGCCGUUUCUCAGGGUGCUGGCUGAGACCUGCCAGUUCAUCGUCUCCUUCCUUGGCGAGUAUGCGAAGAGGAGCAAGCAGCAGUCCUUCGGCCGGGAGGACGCGCUCAGCCUUUGUGCCUUCACCAAGGGGCACUGCCGCGUCCUUCGCCGGCUGCUGGAGAGGAUUCCUCCUGACGGUGUCAAACAGAAGCUCAUGGUGAAGCAGCUGCUUUACCGCAACUUCCAGCUCUUUGCCAGUGUGACCUAUGAGGCCUUCCAGUGCUCCCAGCCAUUGCCGGGCUGGCCAGGUCUGAAGCGGCUGACGAUGGGCUGUGAGAGGAGCGUGGCGUGGAUGCUGGAGGCGUUGGAGGGGCUCCCUGAGAGCGAGCGAGCCAAGUACCUCGACAUCACCGUGUCAUGCACAUUCAAGCUGGCUUACAUCUUCUACAACCAGAACCUUCACGAGGAGGCCAGCUCCGUCUGCAAGCUCCUCUGCAAGAGGCUGCAGACAGCAGAUGCCUACGCGUGUCCAGAGAUUCCCCCGGAGAGGCUGCACAAAUGCUUCAGGCUGCAGGUAGAAAGCUACCGCAAGCUGGGGCAGCUGGAGAGAGCCCUGGCGUGCGUGGUGCAGUGGUUGGCAGCGCUGCGGGGCCGUAUCGGGGAGCUGCUGGCAGAGCCAGUCUCCCUCUGGGUCAGAGUCAAAACGGAUGCUGCAAAACAGGGGGCUGAGGAGUUACGGUUACGAACCCUGAAGGAUGGCUUGGAGGGGCACAGCCUGGACACAGAGACCUUCAUCACUGUCCUCUUUGCGGAGUUGAAGGCCUACAAGACUGUCCGAGCUGACACGGGGCAGGAACGUUACAACGUCCUCUGCGAUCUGCUGGAAAUCUGCUCGGAGGAGAGCGGCCGCCUGCACGAGCGAGCCAUCUGCUUGACGGAGCUGGCCCAGGUCUUGUGCUACCACAGCUAUGCCCAGCAGACAGACUGCUCCUCCCUGGACUCGGUCUGCGAAGCCUUACGGCUGUUGGAGUUGGUACCCAGGAGCGCCCAGAACCGGGACCAGCUCCUCGACAGCCAGGCGCAGGCUUUGCUCUGGCUCUACAUCUGCACCCUGGAGUCCAAGCUGGAGAAGAGCAUAGAGAGAGACCAGAGAACCAAAGCUCAGGGGCUGAAGAACCUGGAUGACUUUGAGCCCAAUGACCUCAACUACGAAGGCAGGCUGCUGGAGGACCGGUUCCUGUUUGACGGCAUCUCCUUCAACCUGGCAACAGACACUGCGCCUGGUUUCAGGAUCAGGGUGUCUCAGACCUGUGGUGUGCCCUCAGCUCUGUCCAAAAACCUCGACGACGCCUUUGCCUUGUGGAAGCAGCUCCUGGCGACGCCAGGCGUCCCGGCCGUGCGCAGCCUCGAGCAGACUGUAGCCUCCCUUCACCUCCUGGCAGUUCUCUACAAGCUGAUGGCCAAGCCCCUGCAAGCCAUGGAGAGCUACCUCCUGGUCAGAGCCCUGUGCGGCACGCUCGGGGACAGCCUGGGCAUGGCCGGCGCCCUGUGCCAGGUCACCAAGCUGCUCUUCCAGCUGGAGUGUCCCAGCUACGCCCAGCUUUUCCUGGAGGAGACAGAGUCCUGCCUGCAGAAAGCCGACAGCAGCGAUGAUUCCUACCUGCUGCUGCAGCAAACCUGCCUCCUGCUCCGCAGCCAGAUGUGCUGCAUCAACCACCGGAUUGAAGAGGGUCUCGCUCUGUUGCUGGAGGUGCUCCAAAACCCGGCUCUGCAAAAAAUCACAAAGGUUUGGUACCUGCUGCGAGCCCACGUCCUUCAGCUGGUGGCCUUCUACCUGAGCCUCCCCCCUGCCCGCCUCUCACUGGAGCUCCGGCAGCGGAUCUUUGUGCAAGGGUGGAAAACGCCUGAGACGGCUCUCGCUGAAGCCCAGAAGCUUUUCCGCAGCAUCAUCCUCCUCCUGAUGGGCAGCGACAUGCUGGGCUGUCAGACAACGGCAUCCGAUGUCCAAUUUGUAGAUUACGGGGACAACCUGCUGCUGAAGUGGCAAGUGCUGGCCGACAUGUUGGCGUGCUCGGAGCAGCUCGUAGCUCUCCUCAGCAGGUUGGAGGUGGUUUGUAAAGCCAAAGCCUUCUGCUUGGAGGCCGUCAAGCUGGCCGUGAAACUACAAGCCAUCCGGUGGUGUACCUCCUUCCUGGUGCUUAAGGCACAGCUGGAGCUGCAGCAGAACGAACUGGAGCUGAGCCACUUCGACCUGCAGAAGGCUCUCUUCCUCCUGGAGUCUGACACUGAGUUUAAAGCCAGGAAGCAGCAGAAAGGGCAGACGAAGAUCCUGCCCAAGAAGGGCAAACUUGAGGGCAAGAAGCCACGGGAACCCAUCUCUGAGCCCCCCAGGGAAGAGGAGGAUUUCCUGAAGGGACCCGCGCUGGAGUUUGUGGCCACGGUGAGCGGGCCGGAGAAGGCGGAUGCUCUCACAGCCUCACCGGAGCUGAAGCCCAAGAGGAGGAAGAGACUGGCCUUCGUCACCCACCCGGCAGCCUGCCCGUGCUGUCUGCUCUCUGCUCUCUGCCUGCGCUGGCUCCUCUCCUGCGCCCAGGGCGAGCUGGCAGCAGGCAGCACGGCCGAGGGGCUGGGUCUGAUCCACACCACGCUGCCACGCUGCGCUGUCGUGGCCACCCGCUUUGCCGCCGUGCUGCGAGACAAGCUGUGGGGCGGCUCCGUCGACCGGGAUGCAGCAGGCAGCACGGCCGAGGGGCUGGGUCUGAUCCACACCACGCUGCCACGCUGCGCUGUCGUGGCCACCCGCUUUGCCGCCGUGCUGCGAGACAAGCUGUGGGGCGGCUCCGUCGACCGGGAUCUGCCUGUGCUGGAGCUGCUGGAUGAUCUGGUGGCCACCAGCUACACCACAUUGGCCCUUGAGAGCCUGGCCAGCCCCCGACCCCACCUGCCCAGCCUGGAGAUCUCCAGGGCCAACCUGCUGCUCACCAAAGCCACGGCCACCAUUUGUCGCCUGGCUUCCAAGCACAACAACUCCGUGGAUGGCGUCUUUGCUGGCUCUUGGACCUUGCAGCUGCCCACAUUGCCUCCGUCGGAGCCCGAAGUGGUGGCUGUGCCUCGGACCCUCAAAACAAACAAG